UUCAAUAAACUUAAGUCGAAGUACUAGCUGAAGGGCAAAGAGAAAGUUGAACGGUCUGAAUGAUGUCUAAGUGAUAUCUUAAUGAAAAUGUAAAGGGUAACAUUCUUUUUUGACAUUUUAUAAUCGCCAAAACUACUGUCUAAGAUUAAAAUGGGAAAUACAAGUUCAUUACCAGAAGGCCGAACCGGUAAAGAUCAAAGGGAAUUAGUGCCAUUGGAUACCAUAAUAAAAGAAGUUGAUGAAGUUUCGAGUACGUUUCUAGUUAUUACUCAAGGUAUGCAACAGAAUCAGCAACAAGGCACAGAAACCAGUAAUGAAGCCGCUAAAGAACUACUUGAGGAAUUGUUGAGAAAUGCAUUUGAAAAACUGAAAUGCUACUUCAAAUCACAUGAUGAAUAUCCGUCGUUGUCGACUACGGAUGCCAAAGGUACUGAUCUCUUAGACGCAGUAUGUACAAUGAGAAAAGAAGGACAAAAGGACUUGAUGAACAGCAUUGCUGUUUUUAAGGACGGAAUAAGAAAACAACAAGAAGCGCAAACAGUCGUUGAAGGCAAAAAAAGCAUAACUAAAAGCUUAAGAGGUCAGGUUGUUGCAGGCGAAAACCAACCUGAUAGCAGGGAUCCUAUGACAGCAUUGUCAAAACACAACAGCAAAAGUUACCAAGAAACAAUGUCUGAGGAGAAGAAAGAUCAAGUCGAAAAGGAAACCGUAACUGUCAGAGCAGAACCAGAUAUUCGUGCUGUAUCAGAGGCGAGUACUAAGCGUCAAUUCAAAGAUAAAUUUGGCAAUAACGUAGAAAUAGCUGAUUUGGUAAACAGCAAAAAGGGGGCCGACAGCGGAUCAGAUAGAGACGAGUCUGCAAAUCACUCCUUCAGUGAUGAUACCCAAGUCAAUCAAACAUUUAUUAAAAAAAGUUUCAAAGGCACAAUGCAGGGUCCAUCCCUUUAUCACCAAGACACAAAUAGCACUGGCAAUAAUUCAGUAAAACAUAUCACUGGUGAACCUAACGUAGCAGCUGAAAGUAUCCAUGGAACGGAAACAGAUGAAGAUGAAAAUAAAGGGCAGUGCCAGACUGGUGACAUACCCACUUCAUCAUUGACAACAAACACUGAAGACUGGACGCAUGUAGAUGCUGGUGAAUGUGAUACAACGCAAACAAUAUCCCCGACGACAAUAGAACCUACAAAGGAAAUUGAACGUUUACAGGGGGAGAUACAAUUGCUAAAGGGUGAAGUUGAGGCUUUGAAAAAGGAAACCACAAUACAUUUGGAGCGGAUUCAGGAAAUUAACAGUCACUCGGCAAACGAAAUCGCUAAUCGUAAUACGGACAUACAAACAAAGCAAAGGGAAAUUCUGAGUCUCAAAGAUGAAAACGGAAAACUUUUGUUGAGAUUGAGUAAACUCGCUGGAGAAAAACUGACAAAGGACAAUCCAAACAUAACGGACCUUAGCGAUCUGAACCGUCCCACGAAACUUGGAGAGAUAUUCAGCGAGUUGUAUGAUAAUGAAUGGACAGAUGCUUUUGAGGGCCUUACUCAAGCCGGAUACCUGGAGGUGGAGGCUAUCAGAGCCUUGAACAUUACAUUAAAGAAUGUGUACAAAUUUUGUGCGAAGAAUGCAGCUGAUAUGAUAAAGACGACUGAACAUGUUGCUGUGAAACUCUUUGAGGAAUGCAAUAAGUCUCAGAUAAGCGUACGGCAGUCAAUGGCGAUUCCAGUGACCACAAACGAUGAAAGUAAACAGUUUUACCGCAGUAUGCUUGAGGAACAAUUCAUAGAGAGAUAUUGGAAGCCUAAACAAUCUUCUGCAAGUGUUAAUACCGGGGUACCACAAACAUCCAAUAGAGAAACGGCGGUAGUAAAGCCGGCAAAGAUGGAGAGUGAACUGGUGAAGUUACGGAAGGAAGUCUCCUUGUCCAUGGUCCCAGUUGUGCAACAGGCUUACUUACGGGGAAAAUGGGAUGAAACAUGCAUAGAACCACUGAAGCCUUACAUCAAGAAAUGUUUGUUCCUGUGCUGGAUGAUGGUCGUUCAAAGUCCUCCGAUGGUUUUCGACAAGAACACCGCAGAGGGCACGCGGUUUGAGAGCGCAUUAUACAAGCAGUACACAAAAUCUGGAGAAGUAUUGGAGUUUAUGGUCUGGCCUGCGCUUCUUCUGCAUGAGAACGGUCCUAUAGUUUGCAAAGGUGUUGCGCAACCGAAAAAGGCAAAGGAAUAGUCGCUAAGAUCAUAUUGAGAUAAGCGUUUGUCUGAACUGUGAAUUUCUUAUUGUUAUUCUUUUAUUAUAAAUAUGCAUAUAUUAACAUUGUUUUUCGAGUCGGUAAAAUACUUGUUGAACCUUUUAGCUUGAUAAGGUCAUUGAAAUAGUUUCUACAAAAAGAGACUUAGCAUCAAAUGACAUGUGUAUAUCAAAUGUCACUAUGGGCUGGCAAUGUUGAAAAAAAGUAUUUUCGUGCCAUAUUUUUUAAUUUCUUUGCUUUAAGUAUUUUUUUCUUUUUGUCUUUAUUUAACCAUAUUCUUUUGAUUUUUGGAGUGUUAUGCACCUUGUUUUUUCUUGUUGUUGCUUUUUUUGUAUGGAGAAACAGAAUGUCGAUAAUGUUGAGUGAUUUAUUAAAACUGCUCCAUGCCUUUUCAAAACCUGUAUCACGAAUUAUGAAGCUUCAAGCAGUAUCGUUCAAUGUAUGAUAUUGAUGCCUUAUUAUUAUUUUCUCUUUUAGUUAAAAAGGGUAGUUUGUUACGAGUAAAACAUCCUAAUUUACCCGACGCGUGUUGUCAAUUGAUCAGGAGUUGGAUUAUAUUCCGUCGAUGGUUAAUAGAACACAAUCCAGUGGAUUUUAUGUGCAUCUCUACUUAUUAACAUUCAACAAGACUAAUGACAAGGUAGAACGGUACUCCUGUUCGCGUCGUUCUAUGUAUAUGCAUUUUGUUUUCAUGUUACAUGUUUAUGGCGUUAUAUAAAGUUUCUUACACUUUUUUAGUCUGGGUCUAUAUCUUUUUUGUGUGAAAUCAAUGAUAUAUAAAUAUGUGUGAAAUCAAUGAUAUGUAUGGGUGAAAUCAAUUAUAUAUAUAUAUAUAUAUAUAUGUGAAAUCAAUAAUAUAUGUGCUAAAUCAAUGAUAUAUGUGUGUCAAAUCAAUGAUAAUUAUAAAUGUAUGAAAUCAAUUAUAUAUAUGUAUCUUUAUCAGAAUAUUAUAAUCGACUCAUUGUUUACUUUUAAGCUUUUGUUAGGUACUAAUAGCAGUUACUAGUAAUAGUCAGAAUGCACUUUCUUAAUAAAUAUAAUCA